GCAAUUUGUCUGUAGGUGUGGGGCCAUACGGUUUGUCACUCGAGGGAGCAGCUGCAGUCUACAACAAUUACGUUGCAAUGGCUGAGCUUGUAAGCGUUGUCAUCGGCAUUGGAGUCGAGCGGUUGCUUGAGGGGGUGAUCGAUGCAGUCAAGCAAGCUGUGGAUCGUAACAAAAAUUGUAAGGCAUUGCUCGUGCUGCUUGAGGAGUUGGCACCACUUGUGCAAUUCCUAUGUGAUAGCUCAAAAAAAGAGCAGGGUCAGAACAAGUCAACGCCUGUAAAAGAGUGGCUGGAGAAACUUCGAUCCCGACUGGAAGAAGCGGAAGUAGUGGCGCGUGAGUGCAUCAGCCAGGGAUCCAUGCAAUGGAACAUCGUGAAGAACAGAUCCAUCUCCAAGAAAAUCGUUGAAGUGACUAGGGGAAUCACCGAUCUUGUGGGGCAAGCACCGCUGGUUCAGCUGGGAUACACGAAGGAGACUACUGACGAACAGAAUAAGAUACUGGCUGAUCUGCAAGAGAGCAUGAAGAACGCAAAUCAAUUGCAAAGUGAUUUGAUACACGAAGCUCACUGUGCUGACCUCUCUCGGAUCACACGGGUGACAGUCAACACCCCUACCAACAACUAUGGCAUACCAUAUGGAACCAUCACAGUUGAUCGUGCAUUUGAGGAUAUCAGAGCACAAGCUGACGAGCACUUCUUGACACUGACUCGUGAAGAACAGAUCCACCUCGAAGAAACUCGUUGAAGUCACGAGGGGAAUCAUCGAUCUUGUGGGGCAAGCACCGCUGGUUCAGCUGGGAUACAAAAAUCUAUGACGAAUGAAAUCUAAUAUGAAUCUACUGACGAAGUGAAACAGAUACUGGAAGUUGCGUGCGAAACAGGUCAUGAACUCAUGUGAUUCAGAACUUUCAGGUGACGAGCAUGCCUACAUGCUACAACAGCUACCAUCUCUCUCUCUCUCUUCACUCAAGCCUACCACUAUCUGAUUAAUGUAUAGACGUGUAUCUGUAUAAUGUGUACACUCUCUCAAUUAUGUCGGAACCUGCGCUCCUACACAAUUUCUUGUUCAAGAAUGUCCAGAGUAUAAAGUAUCAAAGUACACCAAGACACAUGAUUUUCAGAACUUCCGGUUGAAGGAAGAGUGGUAGUGUUGUGUGUAAAUUAGACAUACAUGCUUCAUGUAUCACAAGGGAUGACACCUUUGCUCAAGGAGGUGCCCUCUAAGGUAGACCCUCUUAUAUGAAAACUUAGACUCUGUCGGAUUUCAACUCGCACUUUAAUUUCGCAAAUUGCAUAGCAGAGAGGUGUUGCUUUGCCUCUCAAGAGGAGGUUGCAACUUCUGCGGUAUUAUUCGCUAACAAAUGGAUCAUGCACGAUAAACUAUUUGCAAGUUUUGCCAUAAGAAUCCUAGAUUUCCUUUUACAUUUGAUACAGAACACGCACAUAUGCCCCAAAG